AUGAAAAUAAAUGCUGUCUUGUGUAGUCUGUCUGCAUUUAUCAUAGGUGCAACAGCUAUACCCCUGUUUGAAAUCCCUAAUGACUAUGAUCGAUAUGGUAAUAAGUGUCCUUUGAGAAGACAUGACAAUGUAGCCUGCCCUUUACUAUGCGUUACCAACCAGAAUUUAUGCCCUUCUUCUUUGGCGGCGACUUGUCCCGGAGGUUUGAAUUUCUGUGGCGAUGGUACUUGUCAAACUUCUUGUGAAGGUAUUGCCAAUGCUUGUCAAUGUGGCGACGAUACAAUUCAAUAUUACCCUUGUGCUGCUGGACAACUUGUUAAUAUCACUCACUUCGAUCCUAUCAAUCAAGUCACACAGAUCCAAAAUACAUGCGCUUCAAGUGCUAGCGUGUCAAAUGUGGGUGUCUGGGGCGACUUCUCGACACCUUCGCUUUGGUUAAGCUGUCCUGUGGUAGACCCUUAUUUUACGUUUAGAGAACCUAUGUGGAUUGCUGUGUGGGUGUUGAUGAGCGCUGAAGCUGCUAUUUUGGCACUUUGGGCUAUAUACAAAUACCUUCGAGAAUUCAAGUAUCAUAACGCAAUGGCACUGGCAUCAAAAGCCACUAUGGAAGACGAUACUGUCAUAAAAGUCAACACAGAAGUCAACGAAGCUGAAGGAUGUCAACAAGAUAUGGCCUUGGACGAAAAAAAGCAGCAGUUAAACAAGGACGACUCGACCAUUUCAACUGGUUCUAUCAAAGAGUCUGAAAAAUUGCGGUUUCGUGGCUUUUUGACAGAUUAUUUCGGUAUUUUUGGAUUUGGAUCAGUAGUGAUUACUACCUUGCUUUUCUUUGUCUUCCUUGGUGUUAUCGUGGGUGAUUAUUAUGGUACAAUGGGCGGCGUGUAUGCUGUCUUCUUAUCGGGUGACCUUUCCAGUAAAAUCUUUUGUGCUGUUUGGCAUAUUGCUGCUGCCUGGUUUUGCUUGAUCAUGCUCAAGAAAAAGACAAUUCGCAAUUAUUUUAGAAUUGAGUCUUAUCCUCACAAGUGUCCUUAUGUUCAGAUUGAACGCAAACAAGAUGAAUUGAUUUUCUUAGCAGACGGCAGUAAAUGGAUUUCUAAACUCAGAGACAUCGAACAACGUGUCAUCAAACGAUUGGGGUUAGAUAUCGUGGUCACAACCUGUCCUGUCAAAGCGACAGAAAACAAACUUCGCUACUUUGAAUAUCAAUGUAUGAGAUACAUUUACAACACAGACAAAGGACGAUUUGAACCUUAUGAAUUCGAUCUCGGCUCAACUAAUCGACAACUUCAAGCUUGGUCAAAGGGUGUUUCUACAGAUGAAGCUAACAGAAGAGCUGCUUUGAUUGGCGAGAACAUCAUCCGUGUUACUGUCCCUUCUAUCCCUGUUGCCAUUAUUCAAGAAUUUUCUUCAUUCUUGUAUCUCUAUCAAAUGAUGUGUAUGUGGGUAUGGUACUACUUUCAAUAUUACAUUAUGGGUCUUGUUCAAACAUGUAUCAUUCUUGUGGCUGCCUUUAUCCGUGUCAUUUUGCGUUUAAGAGCAGAAUACCGUAUCAAAGAAAUGGCUGAACAUGUUACUGAUGUUACUGUGUUGCGUGAUGGUCAAUGGGUCUCGGCCUCAAGUGCUAAUUUAGUACCCGGAGACGUCUUUGAAGUCGAGGAAAACACCUUGGUUCCUUGUGACGCUGUCAUCCUGUCUGGUACAGUGGUUGUCAACGAAUCUUCUCUCACAGGUGAAGCCAUGCCUAUCCGAAAAUUCGCUAUUCCCGAUGACGAUAACAUGUAUGAAAUGAACGGAUCUGGUAAAGUCAAUACUUUGUUUGCUGGUACCAUUGUCUCUCAAACCACACCUGCACCUACCGUGGGCCGUGUCUUUGCCUUGGCGCUUCGUACAGGUAUCUCGUCUGAAAAGGGUAUGCUAAUUCAUAAGAUUCUUUUCCCUUCGCCUGUGUCUUUUAUCUUUAACGAACAUAUCAAGGUGGCCAUUUCAAUUCUUUUAGUUUGGGGUCUUGUUGCUUUUGCCUUGUCUUUGUAUUUGAUGGGUCGUGGUAAUAUCACUAGUUGGUUCUAUGGUGUCUUUGUGAUCUCUGAAAUCUUUUCGCCCUUAUUGCCUGCUGCCUUUACCAUCAACCAGUCUGUCUGUGCCACUCGUCUUCGUCACAAAAAGAUUUUAUGUAUUGAUCUUCCUCGUAUCAAUCUUUCUGGUAAAGUGCGUAUCUUUUGUUUUGACAAGACAGGUACAUUGACACGCGAAGGAUUGGAAUUCUAUGGUGCUGUUGCUGCUCCUUCUGCUCCUAUUGCUCCUUUUGAUCAUCGUGAAGAAGAUCCCUUAAAGAUGGAACCUACUUUAGCCAUGGGUAUUGCUACCUGUCAUGCUGUGACUGAAGUCAAGGGUCAGUUCAUUGGUAAUCCUGUAGAUAUUGAAUCUUUUAAUGCCAUGAAAUGGGAAUUACUCCCUCCUGCUGAUCCUGCUUACCUCGAUACGUUGGCUGCUGCUUCUGCUGCGCCUGUGGCAGAAAGAGACAAAAAGCUGGUUCACGUCUUGCGUCGAUUUGAAUUUGUUCAUGCCCGUGCUUCUCAAUCUGUAGCUGUUCUUGACCCUGAGACCCAACAUGUCCACGUGUACCUUAAAGGUUCUUUUGAGCGUGUCAAGUAUCUCUCUCAAAUUGACUCAAUUCCUGUCGAUUACGAUCAACAAGCUGCUAAACACGCACAAGAAGGUUGUUAUGUACUUGCUAUGGCACACCGUGAUAUUGGUGUCUUGGGCCAAGACGUAACCAUGGAACAAAUUAAAUCUAUGACUCGAGAUGAGUUAGAACAAGACUGUCACUUUUUAGGCUUUGUCUUGUUCCGUAACAUGCUCAAGCACGACACUACACAGGCCAUUGCUGAACUCAAGGGUGGUGAUACCCGUGUAGUGAUGAUUACAGGUGAUACUGCAUUAACAGGUAUUUUCAUUGCUCGUCAAUGUGGCAUGAUUGAACCCCAUCAACGUGUGCUUCUGGGUGACCUUGUCUCUGGCUCUGUUGUGUGGCAUGAUGUGGAUUCGGGCGAACAAGUCGAUGUGGACCAAGUGAUUGAUAUAGAUCCUCACGAAGAACAUGAAAAGCGUGUUGAACUUGCUAUUACUGGCCGUGCUUUCGAAGCCUUGAUCAAGGAAGAUAGAAUGCGCAAAUACCUUUUGAUGACUCGUGUGUUUGCUCGUAUGACGCCCAAUGACAAGGUAAUGUGCGUUCAACUUCACAUGGAGAAGGGCGUUACUGCUAUGUGUGGUGAUGGUGGUAAUGAUUGCGGUGCUCUUCGUGCUGCCCAUGUUGGCUUGGCUUUAUCUGAAGCUGAAGCUUCUAUUGUGUCUCCUUUCAGUACAAACAACAGAUCUAUUAUGCAAUGUGUUGAACUUUUGAAACAAGGUCGAGCCGCUCUUGCUACUAGUUUUUCCAACUACAAAUUCUUGAUUCUUUACGGUGAAUGUAUGGCUUGUUGGGAAUUAAUCAUGUUUUACUUUACAGCUAUUGCCUAUCAAUCUGUCUGGAUCACAAUUGAUGGUUUUAUUACAACUACCAUGACUUUUGCUAUUACUCAAGCUCAACCUGCUAAGAAAUUAAGCCCAUCUCGCCCUACUGCUAAACCUUUAGGUGCUUAUACAUUGGUUUCUUUAUUAGGCGUUAUCUUCAUCAAUUUCUGGUUUAUUGUUUGCAGUGUUGUAUGGCUUUUCCAACAAGACUGGUUUAUCUGUAGUGAAUUUGAUAGUUCUUCUAUCAAUUCUGCUCAAUGGUGGUUAUUGGGUGAUAAUUACGAAGAUGCGGUGAUCAGUUUAGUCAUUAUCUUCCAAUUCUUUAACAGCGGUGCCAUUGUCAAUUUCGGUUCUCAAUUCCGUCAAUCUUGGUGGAGAAAUUAUGCCCUUGUGUUUGUCUGGUCUUGUUUCUUUGUCAGCACAAGUUACAUGACCUUGGCUGAUCCUAAUCCUUAUAGCUGUAUCUUCCGUAUCAACUGUGGUACUGCUAGUGUAUUAGAAGAACUUGGAUACCCUAAGCCAAACUGGUAUAUUCCAGACUAUAACUCUCCUAUUGGUCACAAUGUCAUGCCUAAAUGGUUCCGCUGGCAAUUGUGGGGUUAUUGUUUAGCCAAUUGUGCUGCUACCUUGAUUUGGGAAAGAGUCUGUAUUCUUUGGAUUGCCCGUGACUGGGCCGUCAAGCGAAGAAAGGCUCAGCCUCAAAAGAACAGAAUCGUAUUCAAGCUUUAA